GUAAAGAAAGGAAGGACGAAGAAGUCACAGAUCAUGGGAGCACAUCCAUGUGUCGAUUAAACUCAGAAGUUUGAUAGUUCAGCAGACUGAAGUGAUGAUGUUAAGUUAAUGAAGACUCCACAGUAGAGUUGACCCUCUGCCCUCCUGUCUUGCCAGUGCCUCAACACAGAGAUGCCUCCCCACAUGAAUGACAUCAUGCGUCUGUGCUGUGAGAUAUCAGCACACGAUCAGAUCAAGGUCGCGGUGAAAAACUCCACCAAAGGAGCGAUGGUGGCAGGAGGGACUGCCUUCCUAGGUGGGAUGCUCUGUGGACCUCCUGGGAUCGCUGUGGGCGGAGCAGUUGGUGGUCUCUUGGGCAGCUGGCUGACCAGCGGCCAGUUCAGGCCUCUACCUGAGAUCCUGAUGGAGCUGCCACAAAACCAGCAACAGAAGCUCUAUACUGACAUUGUGGCCGUCCUGGGCAGCCUGGACUGGACAGACGUAGCCCAGCUCCUCGCUCUUGUGAUGGGCAACGCCACUCUCCAGCAGCAGGUCACCGCUGCGCUGCUCAACUAUGUUACAAAGGAACUCAGAGCAGAUGUGCGUUAUCAGGACUGAGCAAUCCUCACAAAUGGACUUCCCCAGGUUUUCUAGUUAGAACUGACAAACAGCCAGAACAAUGUAUUCAUAUAUGUAGACAAUGUAUUUUGUUUCUGGCUGUUUUACCUUCAUGAUUGUGUCAAAUUAGGUUGUCAGCCUUCACUAUCCUCAGAGGGCUGACAUCAACAACCAAGAAACCCUUCUCCCUCAUGUGGGAACUGUCUUCGAGAGCUGGUGAUUCAAGUCGAUUGUCUUUGUAGAGGCCGACGUGGACAUAAUAAUAGAAACACCUCUACAUACAAUAAGGGAAACAGAGACACCUCUGUGUAAUGCAACACAACCUUCAUCCUCCAAACUGAUCAUACAGUUGAAUCAACAUGUCUCUAAAACAGUUUCAAUGAAAACCUGUUUUCACACAGGGAGCCCUGCAGAUGUCUCACAGCGGGCAGACUGAGGGUCUAUGGCACAGCCUCUUGUGUGGCACUGGUUUAGAUGAAUAAACAAGUUGAAUAAGCUUGUCCAAAAUUCAGUGAAUGUUGACAAUGAUUACAUUUUCAUCUUGACUAUAUAUUUUAAGGUUAAGAUGCUGUUUCACCGUUUUCCAACAUAGAAAUGUCUGCAGGGAGGAUUUCCUGUGAUUCUAUUGAAUUAGACUGGAUUCAUUUUAGCAAAUACACUGCCAGCUCAGGGUUUUAAAUUAAAUUAAUUUUAAAUUAAAAUCUCACUGGCAUUUUCAGUGGAGACUAGACUAUGAGCAAUAUCAUGUGCAGGGCCCUGCUGCUGUUGUGGAUUUUCAUGUAAAUGUGCCUUAACUGACAGUCACCAUUGAAACGUCACACACAACCUGUAACCUCUAAGAUAUUGAGCCCUGGUCAUCAUUUAUUCUGGAUUUACAAUGUUGUGUUAUAAAUCACACACUCUGUAUCAGGGUGUGGUUAAUAGUUGUUACAUUUGCAACCAUCAUACAACUCGAUCAGGAAGGCGUCUGAUUGGUCAACGAGCCCUUACAUUCAGCCAUAGGCUUAAACAACUAAGUGUCCUCAGGAAACGAGGGGUCCUGCACAGAGUCAGAGUGAGAUCACAUGAAGGGACUCCAGGUUGAAUUGAACAAACUACUUUUUACCUUGUGCAAAAGUCUGACAAAGAAGAACUGGUGUUCUAAAGACGGAAGGUGCAACACUAAGUAUUGAUUUGAUUUAGUUUUUUUAUAUAUAUAUUUGUAUGAAAUGAUUGAUCAUAAAAAAAAAAUCAUGGCCUUAUAUUUAAAAACCAUUGCUUGUGUUUCAAUAAAAUAAACAUGGGAUUCUA